AUGCAAUUCCUUCUCUCUCAGAAUUUAAAGACAGAAAAUGAGCACAGAGAACCCAAGACGGGAUGGGGAAAGAGUCACAAGCUGAAUGAAGAUGGCAGCAGCGGCGGUAACCAAGGCAACAUCCACUUAGCAUCUGUGAAGCCUGAGCCCACGGUGGGUAAAGGAACAGAGGGUGGGCGAGAUGCUCCCCUUCACCUGCCUGACCAGAACAGGCAGGGUGCCACCCUCCUCAGAAAUAUCACUCAGCCUGUAAAGAGUCUGGUGACGGGGACUGAAGUACAGAGCGACAGAAACAAAGAGAAGAAACUUCAGAGUGUUCUAAGCGUAAUUGCAACAGAUGUCCACCAUGCUAACGACUACUCCGAAGAUACAGAGAACCAACAGAGGGAUCUACUACUCCGGAACAGCCCAGGACAAAGCAAACACACCCCUCGGGCCCGACGAAGCACGCACUACCUAACACAUCUCCCCCAAAUCAGAAAGAUUCCCAGUGACUUCGAGGACAGUGCUUCCCCAGACCUUCUAGUGAGGGGGGAUAAUGAUGUCCCUCCUUUCAGUGGAGAUGGACAACAUUUUAUGCACACUCCCGACAGAGGAGGUGCUGUUGGAUCUGAUCCUGAAAGCUCAGCUGGUCACCCUGUGUCAGGCUCCAGCAAUGUCGAGAUUGUUGACCCACACACGAACGGACUGGGCUCUAAUGAGAUCCCAGGGAGAGAAGGUCACGUAGGCGGUGCCUAUGCAACCAGAGGAAAAACUGCGCAGGGGGCAGGCUCCGCGGGUGUGAGCCUUGUGGAGGGCAGCAAUGAAAUCACGGGCAGUACCAAAUUUAGGGAGCUCCCUGGAAAAGAAGGGAACAGAGUCGAUGCCAGCAGCCAAAAUGCUCAUCAAGGAAAAGUAGAAUUUCACUACCCACAAGCGCCCUCAAAAGAGAAGGUAAAAGGGGGCGGAAGGGAGCACACAGGGAAAGCCGGUUACAAUGAAAUCCCCAAGAGCAGCAAGGGCGGCGCUAGCAAGGAUGCGGAAGAAUCUAAAGGGAACCAAGCAACCUUGACUGAAAGCCAAAGGUUCCCAGGCAAAGGCAAAGGCCAGUCUUCUCACAGUCUUGGUAAUGAGGUUAGAAGUGAAGAAGACUCUUCUAAUAGUCUCAGUAGAGAGGGGAUUGCAAUAGCACACAGGAGAACAAGCCACCCUACACGGAAUAGGGGGAUGUCCCAGCGGAGAGGCUCCUGGCCCUCGAGAAGACCCCAUCCCCACAGACGCGUAAGCACCCGCCAAAGAGACAGUAGUGAGUCAUCAUCCAGUGGGAGUUCUAGCGAGAGCAGUGGUGACUAGACCCCGGGGUUGAACCAGUUCCCAGCUCUGGUCCUGGAGAAAGAGAGGACGCAGCAGGGACUGAGCAAGGUACCAGACUUGGUCACCUCCAGGACUCUGUGCUGUUUAAGUGGUUGUAAUAAGAACCCCUACUCAAAGUUCUAAUGCUUUCUGAAUAAAAACUUUCGUAAGAAUUUAUAUAAUAGGUAAUAUUUGACUAGGCGGCCCAUUAAAAUAGUCUGUGGAUGUCACAGGUGCCUUGAUAUGUGAUUUGCUCUUCAGACAUGAAAAUAAAGAGGCUUUCUCUAUG